AUGGCCUGGCCGUCGCCCUUCCGGCCUCAUGUGCCCUUGGAUCAUCUGGGUUGGGUCGGUCGGGGUAAUGCUUACGCCAUGCUCGGUGUGCCAGUAGGGGAGGCUGACGAUCUCCUUCGCUUCUCCGAGACUCUCGUCUACUUCGGGCCUACAGCGAUGGUCACUUUUGGGGAGAUCUCUCACGAGGAGUCUCGACAAUACUCCCCACUGCAAAGUAGGCUCGGCAGAGCCUUCCUGGGCUUGCCUUCUGGAAGGUCCCCUGCAUCCGUUCGACUUCUCACUCUUAUCCUCGCCCUCAUCCCGACAAACAAACCCUUUCGGCGGCCUUCAGAAACGCCCUGA